CUAAGUUACAGGGAAAGGCUGAACAAGUUAGGUCUUUAUUCUUUGGAGCAUAGAAGGUUGAGGGGGGACUUGAUAGAGGUAUUUAAAAUUAUGAGGGGGAUAGAUCGAGUUGAUGUGGAUAGGCUUUUUCCAUUGUGAGUAGGGGAGAUUCAAACAAGAGGACAUGAGUUGAGAGUUAGGGGCCAGAAGUUUAAGGGUAACAUGAGAGGAAAUUUCUUUACUCAGAGUGGUAGCUGUGUGGAAUGAGCUUCCAGUAGAAGUGGUAGAGGCAGGUUCGGUAUUGUCAUUUAAAGUAAAAUUGGAUAGGUAUAUGGACAGGAAAGGAGUGGAGGGUUACGGGCUGAGUGCGGGCUAGUGGGACUAGGUGAGAGUAAGCAUUCAGCACGGACUAGAAGGGCCGAGAUAGCCUGUUUCCGUGCUGUAAUUGUUAUAUGGUUAUAUGAGAACUGCUCAUUGGUGCAGUCAGCAAACUGAAGUGUGAAUCAGAUUUCACAUUUUUAUCUCAUCAGGUUUAUUUGGCUAUGUGGCAAUCUCUUCCUCAGUGCAAUCAGGCAGACUCAUUAAAUCCUACUUCCAGUUAGAGAGGAGGAGAAGGCUUCAAGGGAGGCUGAGGGGAUUUACCCAGUUGGGAAAUUUACUGAACAGGAAGUAUAAUAUCAGUAACUUCUGUUCAUUGAACAGAGCAUAACUCAGAUGGAGACAGAACACAGCAAAGAGAGGAGUCAUUCUAAACAGUCAGAAAGAAUCGGCAGAGAAAGGCAGAUUUCAGAGAUUCCACAGCUUCAGUAUUUCAGCAACCACUGGACUCUUGGACUCCAGACGAGGAAGGUAACUUUUCAAGAGUACUCCAACUGGGGAAGUCCUCCUCGGAACUGAAGCAAACAGACAGCCAGAUAGGGAUCCUUCAUUGAGGGCGGGAUAUUAACGCCGGUGAACAGUGUACGACUCUGUACAGAUGGCUGACACGAGUGUGGGGUCUGACCCCGCGGCUACAGAGAGGUUCGGGGUCGAGGGAACGCCGUCCUCUCCAUGGGCAUUCUUGGACCUUAACGCCACGGACAGUCAGAACCUCUCGGUCACCGCCAACACCACGCAAGGCUGCGCAGAGAGCGCCGACUUCCAGUACAUCAUGUUCCCCGUGGUUUACAGCGUGGUCUUCGUGCUGGGCACCGCCUCCAACUCUGCCGCCCUCUGGUUCUUCCUGCGGGCCAAAGAGAAAUUUUCGCCCUCAGACCUCUUCAUGGUGAACCUGGCCGUCAUCGAUUUGAUCUUCGCGCUGACCCUACCCUUCAAGGUGGUCUACCACGCCCUGGGCAAUGACUGGAUCUUCGGUGAAUGGGGCUGCAAGAUCACGGGCUCGCUUUUCUUCGCCAACAUGUAUGGCAGCACCCUCUUCCUCACCUGCAUCUGCGUGGACCGCUACAUCGCUGUGGUUCACCCGCUGCGCUCCUUGCAGCUCCGCCAGCCCCGCUACCGGCUGCUCGUCUGCGCUCUCAUCUGGCUGCUGCUCGCCGCCUGUCUCCUCUACCUCACCCUCAAGGGGCCGCUCACCAGCAAGUUCCCGAACGGCCGGACGGCCUGCCUGGAGAACUUCUCCUCCAGCUCCUGGAACGGCCGCAUCUCCAGCAUCAGCUUCGUGGCGGCCGUCCUCGGCUUCCUCCUGCCCCUGCUGGUGAUCGCCGUGUGCUAUCCGCUGAUCGCCUGCCGGCUGCUAGAGCCGGCCGCCGGCCGCUCCGUGCACACGGUUAAGAAGAAGGCCCUUCGCACAGUGUUGCUGGUUCUCGCCGUCUUCCUGAUCUGCUUCGUGCCCUAUCAUGUGAUCCAGGUGCUGCACACCCUCCGCCGCCGAGGGCUGUGGUCCAGCUGCCAGUUUAUACGCUUCACUUACUCGGCGCGUCGGGUCAGCAUGGCCCUGACCAGCAUCAACAGCUGCCUGGACCCAGUCAUCUACUCCCUCAACCGCCACUCCUCCGCCUGCGUCCCGCCGUGCUGCCGGCGGCGCUGGAAACUCAGCAUCAGCCGUCGGAGCACCGAUACCACCCAGAACUGGAUCCGUAACUGGAGCCAUUGACUGCACAAGGUUUCCCAGUCUGGGCCGUGUCUGCACAGGGUGAUCCCAGACCGGGCCGUCAUUGGAUAAUAGGACAGACAGGCCCGUGUAGGCACAGCGUAAUCCCAGACGGGGAUGUGUCUGCACAGGGUGAUCCCAGAUUAAGCUGUGUGUAUGGACUCUGUGGCCCAGACUUGCGUUUCCCUUGUCCAUUUCUAAGGUCGUUCUAUGACGGGGGAGGGAAGAGGUGACCCGUAGUGAGCAGGGAGAAUUUGGUUUAUAACAAAAUCACACACAGCACACAUAGAGGAACACAACACACAAAAUCACAGGUUUUCUCUCAUGCAGUCAUGUCACACAAGUUCUUCAGGUGCACACACACACACACACAGUCAUGCACAGUUGUAAACAGUCUCUCACACACACUCUCUCAAACAUAUUGACAGAGACAGAUAUAAUCCUGCAGUCUCACACACAAUUUUCUCUCACACAUAUAAUCACUUUUACAGUCGCACAUAACGUCACAGGCACACAGUCACGCACUGUCUCUCACAGUUAAUCUCACAGUCACACAGUGAUCCUCUCUCUCACGCAGUCUCACAGUCACAUACACAUACCACCACAGACUCAUGGUGACACACAACAUCCCAUUCUCAGUCACAGACACACCAUCAAAGACUCAGUGAGACAUGCAGUUACACACUGCCUCUCAGUCACACACAAUCUGUCUCACACACAUGCCAUGAUACACAAACAUACCUACAGUCACAAGCCAUCUUCCACACGGACUCUCUCUGCCCUUUUCACAUGCUCCACACAUGAUCUCGGCCUCUGCAGUUGCAGGGAAGUGGUGGGUCGGGAGCUGUUGUGCUUUGAAUAUGCAUAAACUUUCAGUUCACACAGUGUCAACUCUGUGAAAAACACACGUACUGCAAUUAAUUAAUACUCCAGUUACCUUGACCCACAGCUUUGAUCUAAAGGGAGCCCUUUCCGGUUGGCAGUCAGCGGUGGCCAUUGGUGUCCCACAGGCGUCCGGCUUCUUUUCAUGUGAUAUGUCAAUGGUUUGGGUGACAGAAUUCAGAAUUGGAUGACAAAACUAAGCUUUGUGGCUUAGCUUGUGGACGGCACAGAGAUAGGUGGAGGGACAGGUAGUGUUGAAGAAGCAGGGAGUCUGCAGAAGAACUCAGACAGAUUAGGAGAACGGGCAAACAAGUCGCAGGCAGAAUACAGUGUCGAGAAGUUAAUACUCAUGCCCUUUGGUAGAAGGAAUAAAGGUGUAGACUAUCUUCUAAACAGGGAACAAAUUCAGAAAUCAGAGGGGCAAAGGGACUUGGGAGUUCUAAUGGAGGAUUCCCUAAAGGUUAACUUGUAAGUUGAGUCAGUGGUAAGGAAGCCAAAUGCAGUGGUAGCAUUCAUUUCAAGAGGACUAGAAUAUAAGUGACAUGGGGCGGCACAGUAGCUUAGUGGUUAGCACAAUGCUUUAGAGUACCUGCGGGCCCAGGUUCAAUUCCCACCACUGCCUGUAAGGAUUUUUUUUGUCCUCCCUGUGACCGCAUGGGUUUCCUCCGAGUGCUCUGGUUUCCUCCCACAGUCCAAAUACGUACUGUUUGGUAGGUUAAUUGGUCAUUGUACAUUGUCCUGUGAUGAGGCUGGGGUUAAAUCAAGGGUUGCUGGGCAGCACGGCUCAAAGGGGCAAAAGGGCCUGUUCCACACCGUAUCUCAAUCAAUCAAAAAAUAAAUACAUAAACACAAGGAUAUAAUACUGAGAAUUUAUAAGGUACUAGUGAGGCCUCAUUUGGAGUAUCGUGAGCAGUUUUGGAUCCCUUAUUUAAGGAAGGAUGUCCUAGCAUUGCAGACAGUCCAGGGGAGGUUCAUGAAAAUGAUUAUGGGAGUGAAAGGGUUAAAGUGAAAGGAACAUUUUAUGGCUCUGUACUUGUUGGAGCUUGUAAGAAUAAGAGCUUGAAACCUAUCAAAUACUGAAAGGCCUAGAAAGAGUGGACAUGGAGAGGAUGGUUCCUAUAGUAGGUGAAUCUAGGACCAGGGGCACAGACUCAGAAUAGCAGGACAUCCCUUUAGAACAGAGAUGAAGAGGAAUUUUUUCAGCUAGAUAAAGGCGAAACUGAGGAAUUCUUUGCCCCAGAUGGCUGUGGAGGCCAAGUCAUUGUGUAUGUUUAAAGCAAAGGUUGAUCAUUUCUUUAUUAGUCAGGGUGUUAAAGGUUUUGUGAAGAAGGCAGGAGAAUGGGGUUGAGAGGGAAAAUAAAUCAGCCAUGAUUGAAAUGCUGCCUGACAUAGAAAACCUACAGCACAAUACAGGUCCUUCGGCCCACAAAGUUGUUCAGAACACGUCCCUACCUUAGAAAAAUAGAGGGCUAUAGGUAAACCUAGUAAUUUCUAAGCUCCAUGUACCUAUCCAAAAGUCUCUUAGAAGACUCUAUCAUAUCCGCCUCCACCACGGUUGCCGGCAGCCCAUUCCACGCACUCACCACUCUGACUGAGAAACUUACCAGCUGAGUUCCUCCAGAAUUUUGUGUGUAUUGCAAUGGUUUGAAAUUGUUAAAUGUUUCAACCUUCAGCUGAGCGGUUGUUGAGCAAUCGGUGAUCUGUAAUUCACAAACACAACUGCAGAAUAAUGUGUCCAUCAGGGACCACUUACUCACUGCUCAUGUGCCUUCCCACCAGAAGUCACACCUCCAGCUUCCUGGCAUGAAGAUUUACUCAUUGUGACUCAGCAAGAGGAAAUCUAAUGACAGGAUACCAUAACCACUGCAGAAAUACAAACCAGCAAGGGCAAAGCUCACAAUUUCUACCAAAGGUCCUUUGAGACUGGAUCAUUCUUGCACACCCUGUUUCCACCCCCCCCCCCCGUUACACUGUACAAAGUGUGUGAGUGUGUAUAGUUGUGCACAUAUGAGUGCCUGUGUGCAUGCAAGUGUGCGUAUGUGGAAUGUGUGUGUGUGUGUGUUUGCUGAGAGUGGUUCCUUGUGUAUGUGUGUGUGAGUGUGUUUGAACUGAUAACGGCCAUUCAUACAGGGUGAAUGUUAAUGAGGAUGAGCACACACAUACACAUACACACUCAUUGCCAGACACAGCCACACCCAGGACAUCUCCCCAGGCUGUAGAUCAGAAAGAAAAGUACUCACUACCACAACUACCACAUUCCCAGACUCACAUGGGCAGACACACAGGCCAUCUCACAUAUGUGUGCAACAUUCCCACUUGCACUCUCCUUCACACUCACAGUCUUUCACACACCAAUACACACUCAUUCACACACUCUCAAUGACAGUCACAUACAUUUAGAUUUACACAUGUAUGCAUACAACACAAUUAUGUGCUUAUUCACACUCACACAUAUUUACACAAAGGUCACACACACAGAGACACAUGCACGCAUACAGAGACACGCACACUUCACUUUAUAUUUAGAUGCUUGCAGACUUUAAAAUUCAAAGCUCAAAAUAUAUUUAUCAAAGUAUGUUGACAGUAUUCAAACUUAAAAAUCGUCUACUUUGCAGGCAGCCACAACAAAAUAUCACCUACUUAAAGAAAAAUCCACACAACAAAGACCAAAUGUGUGGGAGAAAGAACAAAACCUGCAAAUGAGUAAAAAAAUAAGCAAAUAACAUAGAACAUGAACCACAGAGUCCACAAAUGAGUGAAGGAGUCAGUUCUGCACUGUGCUAAUGGUUGCAGGCCACUGUUGUGUAUUAAAUAUUUCAGUCAUAUUUGGGUAAUAUCGUAAAUAUAUUAUCUGAUUAAGCAUUGUGGUUUGCUUAAAUAUUUCGAUAUGGGUUAUAUGCAAAAAUAAGCGAUUUGCACAUGUCAUGAUGCUACUGCAUAAUACAUGCACCCUCUCUUAAAGUAAAACUAAGUUAG